AGUAUCGUCUCUCAACAGCUGAGGCAACAACAACAACUAACUAAACAAAAUCGAAAACUCUGGCCACGGAACCAACUAUUGACACAAAGAAAAAGGCAAUUCGCACCAAUUUGAUUGCUUCAACGCAUUUGAUUCAAUUUAUUCACUAGACCCAUUUCAUUCAAACGAACCCUUGAUCCGAUUGGACUGAUUGCAAGAUCAGAUGGCGUAUGUGGCUAGCAAUGAUCAGCAUGGCAAUGAGAUAAUGCGCGUCAUGUUGUCCACGGAGCCGGGCAAGCGAACAGUCGCCUCAUGCCAGAAUCUCAGAAUCAAUUGUAGUCCAGCCCGAACGCAGCCGGACACGCGACCGGGACGUUACGAUCAUCGCCAUCGUUUCCAUUAUUUUGCGGAUACCACGCCCAGUCAACGACAGGAUGUGCGCCUCCUGCAGGAGCAGCACAUAGAUCGCCAUCAGCAGCAGAGGGAUCGACAGCAGCAGGAGAAGUUGGGGCUGGAGAAGCAGCAACCAGAUAGGGAACAUAAGAAAAGGUGGCAGCAGGAGAAGACUCAGGGGCAGACACAGAAAGCGGAACAGCGACAGCCAGAGAAGUCACAAUCGGAAAAGCAGCCUCAGCCGCAGAGAUUGCAACUGGAAAGAUCGCACUCAGAGAAGAAAGCUCUGUCGGAGAAGUCGCAGCCGAAGAUGCAGUCGCAGCCGGAGUUGCAGUCGCAUCUUGUGAAGGCCCAGCUGGUUAAAUCUCACUUGUCAAAGUCGCAGCCUGAGAAUAAAUCGCAUUUGGCAAGUGCCCAACCGGAGUCGCACUUGGAGAAGUUGCACUCGAAGAAGUCGCACUUGAAGAAACUGUACUUGGAGAAGGAGUACUUGGAGCAGGAGUACUUGGAGAAGGUUAAUUUGGACAGGGCGUACUCGGAGAAGGCGUACAUAGAGAAUUCAUAUACCGAAAGGACAUACUCGGAGAAGUCGCAGCCGCAGAAAUCGCACUCGGAGAAGUCGCAAGUGGAGAAGACGUACGUGGAGAAGACGUACGUGGAGAAGUCGCAGCCGGAGAAGUCGCAGCCGGAGAAGUUGCAGCCGGAGAAGUUGCAGCCGGAGAAGUCGCAGCCGGAGAAGUCGGAUCCGGAAAAGUCUCACGUAGAGAAGACGUACUUGAAGAAGUCGCAGCCUAAAAAAUCGCAGUUGGAGAAGACGUACUCGGAGAGUUCGAAUCUGGAGAAUUCACUAUCUGACAGAUCGCUACCGGAGAAGCCGAAGUCGGCGAAAUGGAAACCGGAGAAAGCGCAGCCGGCCAAGAAGCCCCAGCCGGAGAAGGCGCGUUCGCAAAUGCUGUAUUCAGAGAUGAAUUUGGAGCCAGAUAAAAAGUGGCAGGCGGUGAAGCUGAAGCCUGAGAAGUCUCAACCAGAGAUGCCUAAACCAGAGAAGUCACAGCCGGUAAGGUCGCUGCCGGAUAAGUCGCUGCCGGAUAAGUCACUGUCGGAUAAGUCGCUGCCGGACAAGUCGCAUCUGGAUAAAUCACACUCGGAGAAAAAGACAUAUCCAGAGAAGUCGCACUCGCCGAAGUUGCAAGCGGAGAUGUCGCAACCGGAAAAGGAAUCGCAACCGGAAAAGCAUCCGCAACCAGAGAAAAAAUCGCAUCCGGAGAUAUCGCAACCGGAAAAGUUGCCAACGGAAAAAUCGCAGCCAGAAGGAAAGUCGCAGCCGGAGUUUUUACCGCCACCGAAAAGAGCACAACCUGUGAAGCUACAGAUCCAGACGAAGGAAAAUCUGAGCGUGGAAGAGCUGGCCCUGUGGAAUAGCACCGAGGUAAUUGCGCAUAGCACGCUGCUAUCCACGGUCGAAUCGCAGGAUAGGAUCUAUAGGAGAGGCAACAGUGCCAAUGCCUUAUCCGAAUCGCCAGACUCGCCCUUCUACGCCUGGCUGGCGGCCAAGAAUGAACUGCAACAGCAGCUAGCCAUGGAUCGGCGGCUGUACUCGGAGCUGGAGCAACAGCGCGCAGUGGAGCGCGCCCGCCUGGCGCAGCUGAAAUACGAGCGCUGGAUUCAGGCCAAAACCAAUCAGAUGCGUCGCGCCAAAUCCGAUCUGAGCUCUGCACAGACGACGGCCAAAUCGCGACAGUCGCUGCCCGCCGAGGAGGCGCAGCGCCGCCUGCUCGAAUGGGAGCGCGAGAAGCGCGCCGAGCUCAAGGCGCAGCGGCUGGAGCGUGAGGCGUGCCUGGCGCGCCAGAAUCUAAUCGAUUCGACGCGCCGCGAACUGAGCGCCGAGGCCUGGGAGCAGUGGGUCUAUGCGACGCGCAAUCGCCCCAAGCCGGUGGCCAUGGGCCGUGGCCUGGACUCGUUGCGCGCGUCCAAUGCGCCGCACUACCACAAUCCCAACGAGUGGCAGACGCUGUUGCCGACGGCCCGAACGGGACAGCAGGGACAGCAGCCAACGCAGGCGACGGCGCAGGUGCGCAGCGGCCCGGACUAUGAGCGGCUGGAGCGACUGGCGCAGCCGCGACGCAAACUCUGGCGUCAGACGAUCAAUGAGCCCGUCCGUCUGACGACCAAGGAAUAUGGUGUGCCAGCCAAGACGACGGCGACAGUCGGCUCCGGGUGCGGAGGAGAGCAUAACAGGGAUACGGAGCGUUUGCAUCUGAGCGAUGCUGCAUCACAGACCCAGCCGGAGGAUGCGGAGCUGACGAUGCUCGAGAAGAGUCGGAAGGCGGAGACGACCACGGAUAGCUGCCUGUUGCGGCCGCAGCGUAGUCCCAUCAUCUGGAGCAAGAGCAAUGCGCAGCGUGUGCGCGAAAUGCGAAAGGUCGUCCAGCCGUCGGAAUGUGGCCAGGGGCCGCGCCAGCUGCGCGACGAUCAGCUGGAGCAGCUGCGCAAGCAGCAGGACAUGCAGAAUAGCAAAAUAUUGCCGCGCAAAUUUCAACAGAAGCGCGAACAAUUGCGCAAAAAACUGAAGGCCUGGGUCGAGGAGGGCAAGGCGCUGCCGGAGCGCAGUCUGAGCGACAGCUGCCGCAAUCUGAAAGAGGAACUCAAGCAGGAGCUGCGCCAGGAGCUUAAGCAACAGCAGCGACGCGCCGUCUAUGUGGACGAGGCAGCGAAUACCCAGCGGCAUAAUGCUCGCAAAAUGUCGCUCACCGAAUCGCGUAUCCAACGCUCCGAGGAGCAAUUGCAAUCCAUAGCCAGGAAAUCGAUUGCGCCAUUGCAACGUGCACGCAGCACUGAGCCGAAGCGUCUGCUCAUGGGCAAGGAGAGCAAGGAGGCGCAGAAAUCAAAACCCUGGCGUUAGUUUGUCAAGGGCGUUUAGCUAAAAGUCAAAGGAUCGCAACCAAACCCUUCCAUAAUUCUUCUUUCCAUAACGCUCUUCCUUAACCCGCUUUCUUAACCCUUUUCCCAAACUCCUCUCUUAAAGGAUUCUUCCAUAAUCCCGCCUACCUUGAUCUUCCACCUUGAUCACCUUUCCUUAACACCUUAACAUUCCUCUUCCUCCUAUUACUUACCUUUCCCUAACUACACGCUCUCUUAACAAUCCAUCUUUCUCGACAAAGCAUCUUCCUCAAUCUCCCACCUUAACCCCUCCUUCCCUAACCCCACCUCGCAUAACCCUAAUCCUUUAAGCUCCCACCUUCCUUCCCACUUCCCCCAUCCCUUUCCCGUUCCCCCAUCCCUUUCCCAUUCCCCUUUCCCGUUCCCCUAUCCAAUCCCAACGAUACCCAACAUAGUUUUUUUUUUACUUUUCCGUCAUAUAAUUUGCAUAGAUCUAAAUUGAGGCUAGACCUAUUUAUUUUUGUUUUCCUGAGAGUUUUAGGAAUUCUUGAAUUUAGUUGCAUUUGUGUGUAGUAAAUUAUAAAUAAUAAAAAU